UCCAAUAUGGCUGCCAAAUUCCAGGAUUUAGCUGCUAGUGAAAGCAGAAUGAAAGCGUUAAAAAGAACGCAAAAUGAACAAAAAAAUUUGGUUAUUAUCCUUCUUGACUCUCAAAUUGUGACUGAUCAGUGGAUCUAGAGCUGACUGAAGGAUGCAGCUGGUCUUGAACUUAGUCUCCUCUGUUAGUAUCAAACGAAAAAAACCAUGGCCAAAACUAUCUUGGAUUGGGCAGGAACAAGAUGGUCUAUUUAUUUUGGAUGGCAAACGGGUCAGUCAACUUUAUAUUCCUUCAGGGAAAGACAAAAAAGAAAAUUGCUAAACUUCAUACUUUGAUGGAUGAUGUCUGUGCUUUGAAUGUGUCACAGAAUGGUCAGUUUUUGUGUGGUGCUUUAUGCGAUGGCAAGAUUUUUUUAUGGGAUCGAGAUAAAGUUCAGUUUAUUACGGGACUGCCUAAAGUAUUCAAUGAGGCGGAUAAAGGUAACUCAAAAAAUCGAAUCUUUCUUUCCUCAUGUGGAAGCAUGUUGCUUUUAAUGAUUGGGUUUGAAAAGCUCUUCUUGUGGCAAAAGACUGAGAAACAAGAUUCAGAUAAUUCUCAUAACAUCAUUGGAACAUGGAGUCAGGUUCAUCAUGGUGAAUAUUCCCUACCUAGUCCUUCCUGUAAGGAAGCGACCGUUGAUUGUGUCCUUUAUUCAGACGAGAUUGUUGGUAGAUGUGGUGCACUUUCAUACGUCUUCAACAAAGGACCAGAACUUGCUGUUACCACUUUAAUUGUGAAAUCACGUGAUGAGAUGAUGUUUUCUAACCUUGCACAUAAUAUUCUUAACCAAGAUGAAGAAACCACAUCCCCUGAAGUUGUUGAGAGCGUACGAUGUUCCAUCAAGUGGAAAUCACUUACGGCCGUUAUACAGUAUAACUCCUGCCUCAAGAUUAGUGAAAGGAAGGUUCGUCUAUGUCUGUCGUUACUCACCGGACGGUCAGAUUCUUGCGAUUGUGCUCAAUCAAAAAACUCGCCAAGAAUACGAGAUUAAUAUUUUGUUCAAGCCUUCAUUCCACAACGUGCGUCGUAGACAUGAAAUGUUGUGGUGGUUCUGGCUUAUCAACAGGAAGAACAUGGUGGGUUAGUGACAUAUCGUGGACAACAGAUAGUUUGUUAUUGAUUGGUAUUACUCGUAAUGGCGCAUUGUUUAUAACAUCAAAAC